AAGGGUCAUGCUGAAUUGCUAUACAGACUCGGAUUCACAGUACUGGUAUACGUGGAAAUCUACGUGAAAACAAUAAUUGGCCUAUCAAGACAACAUGCAUGUUGUUAUCGUCGGCGGUGGCCAAUCAGGCUGUUAUCUAGCCGUACAACUGCUUAAGAGCAAUUUCUGCAAAGUGACGCUGAUUGACCCUCGUGACGCCAUGUACCAUAACCACGGCGCAAUGAGAGCAGCAGUCAACGAAGAGUUUAUAAACUAUAUGUUCCUUCCCUUCGCUGAUAUGCUCGGAAGUUCGUUCCAGAGGGGGACAGUGGUUGCUAUGGACUCUAAUAACAAGACGCUGACUUUAAAAAGCGGAUACCAGGUUCGCUAUACACACUUGGUUAUCGCUACUGGAGAAGACAUGCCCUUUCCAUUCAAACUUGGCGGCGAAAACGCAGAGUUGUCAGCUGCAAAAGCUGCGGAUUUGCUCAAUCAGUACAGACUGGAGCUGAGUGAUUGCAACAGAAUCGCUCUCAUAGGGGGUGGCUACAACAGCGUAGAAAUGGCGGGAGAAAUCAAAACUGCUUUUCCGGAAAAAGAGGUGAUUAUCAUCACUGACGAAGAUCACCUCGUGACAAAACGGGCAAAACCAGCUCUACAGGCAAACUUGCUUAACAUUUUGCAGCAAAAAGGGAUUGCCGUUAUACACAACGACUCAGUCUACAAUCUUGAAUCUGUUAUAACAAACACACGAGCAGACGGCCAGGUGUUGAAAACUAAGAACGGGAAAGUCCUCGUAACGGAUUUCCUCAUUAAUACUGAAGGCACCCGAAUCAACAACGGAUUUUACGAAAAGGAUUUAGCUGAAUCUAUUUCGCCGAAUGGCACUCUGGACGUGGACGACUACCUCAGGGUCAAAGGUCAUGACAAUAUCUACGCAGUCGGUGACGUCACAAGUGUGGAGGAGGAAAAGACCCCAUGCACACCUAACGAGCACGCAAAGGUGGUCAAAGCAAAUUUGAUAGCGGAAUGCAACAAUGCAACUUUGACUGCAUACAAAGCAGUUAUGGAAGUGGUUUUGGUAUCAGUGGGCAGCGAAGCCGGAGUUUCGCAGAUAUGUGGAAUGCAGUUUGGAAACUUUCCAACAAAGAUGGCGAAGGGGAAAGAUCGUAACUCAUCCUCAACAUGGACCGACCUUGGCUUGCAGCUGCCAGCUAUCACACCAGAAGUUUGCCAAGGGAGCAAAGUCUAAACUGUUAGAAGUCGCCUGUUUUCGCUUGUAUAUACUGGCUGUUUAAUCUUUUUACUUACACAUCAUUCUCUCACAUUUUACCUCUAGAAAUGACCAUAACUUGCACUACCUUUAAAAUUAUUUUCGUUACAAAAUGGUAUAGGGUUUGCACGGCUGUAUAAAUUGUUUGCCUGUAUUAUGAAGCAUGCGUAUUUUCUGUAACAUCGUAAAUUUUCACAACAGUGUUUUUUCUGUUUUACAUUAACCCCCUGUAUAAAUAAUAAACACCUAUACCCUACUUUA